GCAUAUAUUCCCAACGCAUUAUUCACAUCAGUACAGAUGAAGAUUCAGGAGGGGAAACUAGUUCAUACAAAUCACCCCGCGACGGUCACAAGUUCAGGGAGUCGACGGUGGUUUUCGACUUGUUCUGCAGUUGGUGUUUUGUACCGCCAGGCGUUGUUUUGAGAAGGGCGGUUACGACUGAAACCGGGCGACGUGGAAGCGUGGAGAAUGUCAUGUACGCGCGUCUCGCUUGUGAUCAGGGCUUUUUCCAAUAGUUUUUAAAAACGGAUUUUCAGUACAGAUAAAGGUGUAUUUUAAAUAGUAGAGAGGAUAAAAAACAACUGACAUUCUUAAUAUCGUGCAUAAAUUAAGAUCUAUAGCCAUGGAUGAGGCAAUAGCGAUUAUUUUAAUAUCCGUUGCGAUGUUUUUGGGAUGUUUUCUAUUAGGUUUGAUUCCACUUCUGAUGAAACUUUCCGAGAAAAGCCUGCAGUUUGUUAGUGUAUUCGGGGCAGGCCUGCUCUGUGGUACAGCUCUGGCUAUCGUCCUCCCAGAGGGGGUGGAACUACUGGAAGAGUCAUGGAGAGUCUCCUCCUGCUCUGUCGCCCCAGCAGCAGCCAAUCAGAAUGCCAGUGAUGUUGGGGUCGGGCAGCAGCUCCAGGAUGAGGACCCCCCCUCUAAAGGUCUCCCAGCACGGUUCUUCAUCGGGGUCUCCCUGGUCGUAGGGUUCAUCCUCAUGUUCCUGGUGGACCAGAUCAGUAGCUACUGCUCCGUACACGAUCCACGGACUGGGAUGUCCAACAGGACCAGUAUCACAGCUACACUGGGACUGGUUAUCCAUGCUGCUGCUGACGGUGUAGCGUUGGGUACAGCCGUGGCUUCCUCCCAGGUCACAGUUCAAGUCGUGGUGUUCCUGGCUGUGAUUCUGCACAAGGCUCCUACAGCGUUUGGUCUGGUCACCUUUCUGAUGCAGGCAGGUGUAGAGAAGAAGCAGAUUCAGAAGCAUCUCUUGGUGUUCUCUGCUGCAGCACCUGUUCUCUCCAUCAGUACAUACUUUAUCCUGAACGCGGGUGGUGGUUCGCCCCAGAACCGUCUGAGUGCUGUGUGUUUCUCCCUCCUAGUGCUGUGUGUUUCUCCCUCCUACUGCAGGGUGGUGGUUCGCCCCAGAACCGUCCGAGUGCUUUUCAUAGAAAAGGUUCCCAUUAUAUAA